CUUACUUUCAAAUUUCGGGCAGAUCCUCGACAACUUUCUUUUUGACCAAGGAUCAAUCCAACGUGAGGUCAUAAUGGCUGAAGCACGCGGAAAAGCAUGGCCACUUGCAGAUGAGGGUCUAACCAAUUCUAUCUUGGACUUGGUCCAACAGGCCGGUCAGUAUAAACAACUAAAAAAAGGUGCCAAUGAAGCGACCAAAACCCUUAACCGUGGAGUGGCGGAGUUCAUUGUACUCACAGCGGACACCGAGCCCCUGGAAAUUCUUUUACAUCUUCCCCUUCUUUGCGAGGAAAAGAAUGUUCCAUACGUGUUCAUUCCUUCCAAGGCAGCCCUCGGACGCGCAUGCAAUGUAUCCAGGCCUGUCAUCGCUGCUAGCGUCACCACUAGCGAGGCCAGGGAGCUGCAAAGCCAAAUCCGCAAUGUCAAGAUUGCGAUUGAGAAGUUGAUGUUCUGAUGUUCUCAUUACAGAUAACUACGGAUAUCAUGGUUGUUGUAUUAAUUUACAUCUCAUGUAUGCAUGGUAGCAACUAGAUGUCAAAUGGUGUAUCUUGACCUUCCCGAGGUGUCUGGUGACAGCC